GAGACAGGUUAGCAGUUCAUCAUAUGUGAAGUGAACUGAGCACUGUAAGACUUUAAGAACAGCUACACCAAAGAAAUAAAUAACUUUUCUUCAUUGCCUUUAAGAUUGUAUUGACAGGAUGGGGACCAGCAAGAUCAAAUCAGUUUUCCUGAUUCUAACAGUUAUUUACGGAACUAUCCAAACAACAAGCCAAGCAGAUAACACCACAGCUACAACUGCAGCAACACCAUCUACAACUACAGCACCAACAGCUACAACUGCAGCAACAACUACAACUGCAGCAAUAACAGCUACGACUGCAGCAACACCAUCUAUAACUACAGCACCAACAGCUACAACUACAGCACCAACAGCUUCAACUGCACCAACAACAGAUACAACUGCACCAACAACAGCUACAACAACAGCUACAACUGCAGCAACAACAGCUACAACUGCGGCAACAACAGCUACAACAACAACAAUUCCAACCCCAACUCCAACAACAUCCCCAACCCCAACAACCACACCAACUCCAACAACAACUGCAACUCCUACAACAACAACUACAGCAACAACUACAACACCAACAACAACAACAACACCAACCCUAACAACAACUACAACACCGACCCCUUCAACAACUACUACACCAACCCAAACAACAACUCCAACUCCAACAACAACAACUACAACAACAACAACUACAACACCAACAACAACUACAACAGCAACCCCGACAACAACAACAACAACACCAACUCCAACAACAACACAGACUACAACACUAACUCCAACAACAACUACAACACCAAUCCCUACAACAUCAACUCCAACAAGUACAACAACAACUACAAGUACAAAUACUACACCAACCCCAACAUUAACACCAACCCCUACAACAACAACUACAACACCAACAACAACUUCAGCAACAGUUGCAACACCAACCCCAUCCCCAACAACAACACCAACAACAACAACUCAAACACCUAUCCCAACAACAACUACAACUACAACACCAACUCCAACAACAACCCCAACAACCACACCAACUCCAACAACAACUCCUACAACAAAAACAACUACAACAAUAACUACAACACCAACAACAACUACAACAGCAACAACAACACCAACUCCAACAACAACUACAGCACCAACCCUAACAACAACUACAACACCGACCCCUUCAACAACUACUACACCAACCACAACCACAACUCCAACUCCAACAACAACACAGACUACAACACCAACUCCAACAACAACUACAACACCAACUCCAGCAACAACUACAACAACAACUACAACAACAAUUACAACAACAACUCCAACAACAACUACAACACCAACCCUGCCAACAACAACAACACCAACUCCAACAACCACACCAACUGCAACAACAACUGCAUCUCCUACAACAACAACUACAACUACAACACCAACCUUUACAACAACUACAACACCAACCCCAACAACAACUACAACUCUAGCAACGACUACAACACUAACCCCAUCAACAACUACCACCGUAACUCCAACAACGACUCUGACACCAACAACGACCCUGACACCAACAACAACUACAACAACAACUACAACACCGACCCCUUCAACAACUACUACAUCAACCAUAACAACAACUACAAUCCCAACAACAACUACUACACCAACCCCAACAACAACUACAACACCAACCCUAUCAACAACUGCAACUACAACACCAACUCCAACAACAACUUCAACAUCUACCCCAAUAACAAAUCCAACUACAACACCAACCCCUUCAACGACUACUACAACAACCCCCACAACAACUCCAACACAAACCCCUACAACAACAACAACAACAACACCAACUCCAACAACUACAACACCAACCCCUACAACUACAACAACAACAACUACAACACCGACCCCUUCAACAACUGCUACUCAGACCCUAACAACUACAAUCCCAACAACAACUACAACUGCAGUACCUACAACCCCUGCCAUCACAAAAAAGCAAGUGGUGUUCAGGUCUGGUCACCAAACAUUCACAACCGACUUGUUGGAUACAUCAUCUACUGCUUUUAAAGAAAGAGCUGCUAACAUAAAGAGUCAGCUUGAACCUCUAUACAGAAACAAAUUCUUUUCCUUCUCUUUCUUGGAAGUGAAAGAAUUCAGAAAUGGAUCAAUCGUCAAUGUUUUGGACCUUACCUUCAACGACACAUCUGGUCCUAACAACACUGCAAUUUCAGACGUUUUGCUCAAUGCAACUUCAUCAGUCACUGGCUUCGACAUUGAAGGCAGCUCCAUCACCGUGGAUGGCACAGAUACAACUACAACUACAAGUCCAACAACAACACCUUCCCAAACAACAACUACAACACCGACCCCUACAACAACUACAGAUACAACAACAACACCAACCCCUACAACUACAGCACCAACUCAAACAACAACUUCAACAUCUACCCCAAUAACAACUCCAACUACAACACCAACCCCUUCAACGACUGCUACAACAACCCCCACAACGACUCCAACACCAACACCUACAACAAUAACAACACCAACUACAACUAAUGCAACAACUACAACACCGACCCCUUCAACAACUACAACACCGACCCCAACUGCAACAACAACACCAACCACUACACCAACCCCAAUAACAACUACAACACCAACAACAACUACAACACCAGCCCCAUCAACAACUACAACCGCAACUCUAACAACGACUCCGACACCCACAACAACUCCAAACCCAUCAACAACUACAACACCAACCCCUUCAACAACUACUACACCAACCCUAACAACAACUACAAUCCCAACAACAACUACUACACCAACCCCAACAACAACUACAACAUCUACCCCAAUAACAAAUCCAACUACAACACCAACCCAUUCAACGACUACUACAACAACCCCCACAACAACUCCAACACCAACCAAUACAACAACAACAACACCAACUCCAACAACUACAACACCAAACCCUACCACUACAACAACAAUUACAACAACAACUACUACUAAGACACUUACAACAACUACAAUCCCAACAACUACUACACCAACCCCAAUAACAACAACAACACCAACAACGACUACAACACAAGCCCCAUCAACAACUACAACCGCAACUCCAACAACGACUCCGACACCCACAACAACUACAAUCCCAACAACAACUACUACACCAACCCCAACAACAACUACAACACCAACAACGACUACAACACCAACCCCAUCAACAACUACAACUGCAACUACAACAACAACUCCGACACCCACAACAACUCCAACCCCAACAACAACUACAACACCGACCCCUUCAACAACUACCUUACCAACCCCAACAACAACUACAACGCCAACUGCAUCAACAACACCGACCCCAAUAACAACUACAACAUCAACUCCAACAACACCAACAACCACUCCAACCCCAACAACACCAACCCCUACAACAACUACAACACCUAUCCCAACAACAACUACAACACCAACAACAACUACAACACCUACCCCAACAACCACGACAACAUCAUCCCCUACAACUACAACACCAACUCCAGCAACAACUCCAACAUCAACCCCGACGCCAACUACAACUACAUCAACCCCAACAACAACUACAACUGCAGUACCAACAACCCCUGCCAUCACAAAAAAGCGAGUGGUGUUCAGGUCUGUUCAGCAAACAUUCACAACCGACUUGUUGGAUACAUUAUCUACUGCUUUUAAAGAAAGAGCUGCUCACAUAAAGAGUCAGCUUGAACCUCUAUACAGAAACGAAUUCUCUUCCUUCUCUUUCUUGAAAGUGAAGGAAUUCAGAAAUGGAUCAAUCGUCAAUGUUUUGGACCUUACCUUCAACGACACAUCUGGUCCUAACAACACUGCAAUUUCAGACGUUUUGCUCAAUGCAACUUCAUCAGUCACUGGCUUCGACAUUGAAGGCAGCUCCGUCACCGUGGAUGGCGAAGGUACAACUACAACUACAAGUCCAACAACAACACCUUUCCAAACAACAACUACAACACCGACCCCAACAACAACUACAAAUACAACAACAACUACAGCACCAACCCCGACAACAACACCAUCUUCAACAACAACUACAACACCUACCCCGACAACAACUACAACUACAACACCAACCCCUUCAACUACUACUACAACAAACCCCACAACUACUCAAACACCAACCCCUACAACAACAACAACAACAACACCAACUACAACUACUUUAACACCAACCCCUACAACAACUACAACUACAACACCUAUCCCAACAACAACUACAACACCAACAACAACUACAACACCUACCCCAACAACCACGACAACAUCAUCCCCUACAACUACAACACCAACUCCAGCAACAACUCCAACAUCAACCCCGACGCCAACUACAACUACAUCAACCCCAACAACAACUACAACUGCAGUACCAACAACCCCUGCCAUCACAAAAAAGCGAGUGGUGUUCAGGUCUGUUCAGCAAACAUUCACAACCGACUUGUUGGAUACAUUAUCUACUGCUUUUAAAGAAAGAGCUGCUCACAUAAAGAGUCAGCUUGAACCUCUAUACAGAAACGAAUUCUCUUCCUUCUCUUUCUUGAAAGUGAAGGAAUUCAGAAAUGGAUCAAUCGUCAAUGUUUUGGACCUUACCUUCAACGACACAUCUGGUCCUAACAACACUGCAAUUUCAGACGUUUUGCUCAAUGCAACUUCAUCAGUCACUGGCUUCGACAUUGAAGGCAGCUCCGUCACCGUGGAUGGCGAAGGUACAACUACAACUACAAGUCCAACAACAACACCUUUCCAAACAACAACUACAACACCGACCCCAACAACAACUACAAAUACAACAACAACUACAGCACCAACCCCGACAACAACACCAUCUUCAACAACAACUACAACACCUACCCCGACAACAACUACAACUACAACACCAACCCCUUCAACUACUACUACAACAAACCCCACAACUACUCAAACACCAACCCCUACAACAACAACAACAACAACAACACCAACUACAACUACUUUAACACCAACUCCAACAACAACUACAACACCGACCCCUUCAACAACUACAGCACCUACUCCAACCCCAACUGCAACAACAACACCAACCACUACACCAACCCCAAUAACAACUACAACACCAACAACGACUACAACACCAGCCCCAUCAACUACUACAACCGCAACUCCAACAACGACUCCAACACCCACAACAACUCCAAACCCAACAACAACUACAACACCGACCCUUUCAACAACUACUACACCUACCCUAACAACAACUACAAUCCCAACAACUACUACACCAACCCCAACAACAACUACAACUACAACACAGACAACGACCACCACAUCAACCCCAUCAACCACUACAACUGCAACUACAACAACGACCCCGACACACACAACAACUACAACCCCAACAACAACUACAACACCAAGCCCAACAACAACAAUAACAACAACAACUCCAACACCAACCCCGACAACAACACCAACUACAACACCAACCCAAACAACAACUACAACACCAACUCCAACAACAUCUACAACACCUUCCUCUACAACACCAACUCCAUCAACAACAACAACACCAACUACAACCCCAACAACAACGACAACAACAUCUACAACACCUUCCCCUACAACAACUCCAACAACAACUAUAACACAAACAACACCAACCGCGACAACAACUACAACACCAAGCCCAACAACAACAAUAACAACAACAACUCCAACAACAACUACAACACCUUCCCCUACAACAACAACAACUAAAACAACAACAACAACACCAACUUCAACACCAACAACAACUAUAACACCUUCCUCUACAACAACAACUCCAACAACAACUACAACACCAACAACAACACCAACCGCGACAACGACAACAACACCAACUCCAUCAACAACAACAACACCAACUACAACAGCAACCCCAACAACAACUACAACACCAACUCCAACAACAACUACAACACCUUCCCCUACAACAACAACUCCAACAACAACUACAACACCAACAACAACAACUGCGACAACGACAACAACACCAACUCCAUCAACAACUACAACACCUUCCCCUACAACAACAACAACUCCAACACCAACUGCAACAACAACUACAACACCAACCCCGACAACAACACCAACUACAACACCAACCCCAACAACAACUACAACACCAACUCCAACAACAACUACAACACCUUCCCCUAUAACAAAUCCAACAACAACUAUAACACCAACAACAACACCAGCCGCGACAACAACUACAACACCAAGCCCGACAACAACACCAACUACAACUACAAUACCAACAACAACUACAAAUCCAACAACACCAACAACGACUCAAACAACAACUAUAACACCAACUCCAACACCUUCCCCUACAACAACUCCAACAACAACUAUAACAACAACAACAACACCAACCGCGACAACAACUACAACCCCUACAACAACAACAACUCCAAUAACAACUACAACACCAACACCAACUGCAACAACAACUGCGACAACGACAACAACACCAACUCCAUCAACAACACCAACUACAACAGCAACCCCAACAACAACUACAACACCAACUCCAACAACAACUACAACACCUUCCCCUACAACAACAACUCCAACAACAACUACAACACCAACAACACCAACUGCGACAACAACACCAACUCCAUCAACAACUACAACACCUUCCCCUACAACAACAACUCCAACACCAACUGCAACAACAACUACAACACCAACCCCGACAACAACACCAACUACAACACCAACCCCAACAACAACUACAACACAUACUCCAACAACAACUACAACACCUUCCCCUACAACAAAUCCAACAACAACUAUAACACCAACAACAACACCAACCGCGAAAACAACUACAACACCAAGCCCGACAACCACACCAACCCCAACAACAACUACAACACCUUCCCCUACAACAACAACUCCAACAACAACUACAAUACCAACAACAACUACAAAUCCAACAACACCAACAACGACUCAAACAACAACUACAACACCAACUCCAACAACAACUACAACACCAACUCCGACAACAACUACAACACCUUCCCCUACAACAACUCCAACAACAACUAUAACACCAACAACAACACCAACCGCGACAACAACUACAACCCCUACAACAACAACAACUACAAUAACAACUACAACACCACCAACAACAACUCCAACACUUUCUCCUACAACAACUAUAACACCAACAACAACACCAACCGCGACAACAACUACAACCCCUACAACAACAACAACUCCAAUAACAACUACAACACCAGAACCAACUGCAACAACAACUACAACACCAACCCCAACAACAACACCAACUACAACAACAACUACAACACCAACAACACCAACUGCGACAACGACAACAACACCAAUUCCAUCAACAACUACAACACCUUCCCCUACAACAACAACAACUCCAACACCAACUGCAACAACAACUACAACACCAACCCCGACAACAACACCAACUACAACACCAACCCCAACAACAACUACAACACCAACUCCAACAACAACUAAAACACCUUCCCCUACAACAAAUCCAACAACAACUAUAACACCAACAACAACACCAACCGCGACAACAACUACAACACCAAGCCCGACAACAACACCAACACCAACUACAACACCAACCCCAACAACAACUACAACACCUUCCCCUACAACAACAACUACAAUACCAACAACAACUGCAAAUCCAACAACACCAACAACGACUCAAACAACAACUAUAACACCAACCCCAACAACAACUACAACACCAACUCCAACAACAACUACAACACCUUCCCCUACAACAACUCCAAUGACAACUAUAAGACCAACAACAACACCAACCGCGACAACAACUACGACACCAAGCCCGACAACAACAACAUCACCAACUCCAACAACAACUACAACACCUUCCCCUACAACAACAACAACUCCAACAACAACUACAAUACCAACAGCACCGACUCCAACAACAACUAUAACACCAACCCCAAUAACAACUACAACACCAACUCCAACAACAACUACAACACCUUCCCCUACAACAGCUCCAACAACAACUAUAACACCAACAACAACACCAACCGCGACAACAACUACAACCCCGACAACAACUACAAAACCAACAACACCAACUACAACAACAACUACAACACCUUCCCUUACAACAACUCCAACAACAACUGUAACACAACCAACAACAACAACUACAACAACAACUACAACCCCGACAACAACAACAACACCAACAACAACACCAACUGCAACAACAACUACAACACCAACCCCGACAACUACACCAACUGCAACAACAACAACAAUACCUACCCCAACAACAACUACAACUACAACACCAACCCCUACAACAACUACAACCCCAACCCCAACAACUACAACCCCUACCCUAACAACAACUACAACUUCAGUACCAACAACCCCCGCCAUCACAACAAAGCAAGUGAUUUUCAGGUCUCUUCUGUACAUAUUCACAAGCGACUUGUUGGAUCCAUCAUCUACUGGUUUUAAAGGAAGAGCUGCUAACAUAAAAAAUCAGCUUGAACCGCGGUACAAAAAUGAAUUCCCCUACUUCGUUUCCUUCGAAGUGGUGAAAUUCAGAAAUGGAUCAAUCAUCAAUGAUUGUGUCCUCACCUUCAACGGCACAUCUGCUCCAAACAACACUGCGAUUGCAAACGUUUUGCUAAAUGCCACUUCUUCAGUCACUGGCUUCGACAUUGAAGGCAGCUCCGUCAUCGUGGGUGGCGAAGGUACAACUACAACUACAAGUCCAACUCCAACACCAACAACAACACCUCCCUCAACAAUAACUACAACUACGGCUGCACCUACAACCGCUGCACCAACUACUCCUGCACCAACUACUCCUGCACCAACUACCGCCACACCAACUACCGCUGCACAUACUACCGCUGCACCAACUAAUGCUGAACCUACAACUGCACUGCCCCAACUUCUGCUGCACCAACUACGGCUGCACCAACUACCGCUGCCCCAACUACCGCUGCGCCUACAACAGCUCUGCACCAACUACCGCUGCACCUUCAACAGCUGCUUCAACUACCGCUACACCUACAACAGCUGCACCAAUUACUGCUGCAUCAACUACGGUUGCACCUACAACCGCUUCACCAACUACCGCUGCGCCUACUACUGCUGCAACUACAACCGCUGCAACUACCGCUGCACCUACAACCGCUGCACCAACUACUGCUUUACCUACUACUGCAGCAUCUACUACUGCAGCACCAACUACUGCUCUGCUUCAACUACCGCUACACCUACAACAGCUGCACCAAUUACUGCUGCAUCAACUACGGUUGCACCUACAACCGCUUCACCAACUACCGCUGCGCCUACUACUGCUGCAACUACAACCGCUGCAACUACCGCUGCACCUACAACCGCUGCACCAACUACUGCUUUACCUACUACUGCAGCAUCUACUACUGCAGCACCAACUACUGCUUGCAACAAAAUAUACAAGAAAAGAUUUGGUGAUAAGUUCGACAAGUGCAGCGUGAAAGGGUUCAGCAGCACCAACUACAGCUGCACAAACUACCGGUGCACCUACUACCGUUGCUCCUACAACUGCUGCACCAACUACCACUGCGCCUACUACAGCUGCACCUACAACCGCUGUACAAACUACUGCUGCAUUUACUACUGCAGCACCAACUACUGCUUCACCAACUACCGCGGAACCUACAACAGCUGCACCAACUUCUGCUGCACCUACAACCGCUGUACAAACUACUGCUGCAUCUACUACUGCAGCACCAACUACUGCUUCACCAACUACCGCGGAACCUACAACAGCUGCACCAACUUCUGCUGCACCUACAACCGCUGCACAAACUACUGCUGCAUCUACUACUGCAGCACCAACUACUGCUUCACCAACUACCGCGGAACCUACAACAGCUGCACCAACUUCUGCUGCUUGCCUAAAGAGCCAUUUACUGAAGAUCUCAAUAACCGAGAAAGCCCUAAAUUCAAAGCUCUUGAACAAAAACUUGUUGGGCCAUGCAACACAAUAUACAAGAACAAAUUUGGUGAUAAGUUCGACAAGUGCAGAGUGAAAGAGUUCAGUAAUGGAUCAAUCUACAAUACUUGUGACCUCCGCUUCACUGGCACAUCUGUUCCUGCCAACACUGCGAUUGCAGACGUUUUGCUAAAUGCAGCUUCAUCAGUCACCGGCUUCGACAUUGAAGGCAGCUCCAUCACCGUGGAAGGCAUAGCUUCAAGUGGAGUCAGUCAACAGAUCAGUCUCGUCACUGCAUCCUGUCUGGUGCUUGUGUCAUGGCUACUGUCCAGCCAGCAGUAG